AUGAAGUUAUUGCUACAUAUUUUCUCCGUCUUAAGUUUUUUGGCUGCAAUUGUGUUCGCAGAUCCAGCUGUUACACAUAAGGUGUAUUUCGACAUUGAACAUGGUGAUGAGUUUGUUGGAAGAAUUGUGAUCGGUUUAUAUGGUGAAGUUGCACCAAAAACUGUGGAAAACUUCUAUGAAUUAAGUAUCAGUGAGGACCCAAAGAUGGGUUACGUGAAAUCUACAUUCCACCGUGUUAUUCCAAGUUUCAUGAUCCAGGGUGGUGAUUUCACUAACGGUAACGGUACUGGUGGUAAGUCGAUCUAUGGUGAAACCUUCGAUGAUGAAUCCUUCGAAGUCAAGCAUGACAAGCCUGGUCGUUUGUCCAUGGCUAACAGAGGUAGAAACACUAAUGGAUCUCAAUUCUUUAUUACCACUGUUGCUACCCCAUGGUUGGAUGGAAGACAUGUUGUCUUUGGUGAAGUUUUAGAAGGCAUGGAUAUUGUUCACUAUAUUGAAAACGUUCCAAGAGACCGUUCUGAUAGACCAAAAGUUCCUGUUAAGAUUUCUGCCAGUGGUGAGGUUGAAACUGUUCCUCCUAAGGAGUUGAAUGACGAGUUGUAG